AUGCGCGCCGAUUACUCCGCCCUGUCAGUUUCAACCACGACUGAUGAGGCUGUGGAAGAUGAAUCAAUACCAGCCAGACCCCCGUUAUGGACCAGAGUGAAAAACCUCUCUCCAAAGACCUCGUUCUACUUCCGCCUCUUGGUUCUCAACGUCGCAGUCGCCGUGUUGGGUGUCCUCGCGACUGUGGUCUACGAGAGGAAGAGGGGACUGCCACCGCGACCCAUCGUCUGUUACUGCGGCUCCUCCAUCGCCGAGGCCAAGACACUUAAAUGCAAAUACGACAGCCUGUCUGUGGCAUGGCUACCGCCGCACUGCCGGAACGACGAGCUCACCGCCGAGUUUGAGAAGGCCGGCCCAGGAGAGAACGGGACGUGGGCAUACUACAAGGACAACAAAGGCAAAACACCUCUAAGUCUGGAAGAGGUGGCGGCCUUAGCGGACUUGCCUCACGAGCAGGCGUACUUUUACACGACGACCGGGUGGCAUGUGGCGCACUGCGCCUUCUACUGGAGGAAGCAGUACAGGAUGAGGGCGAAGGGUUCGAUGACGGAAAGCCGGUAUGAUAAGGAGAGUCAUAUCGAGCACUGCUACAGCAUCUUCAUGUCUGUGGAUCCGAGAGACUCGGUGAAGGUUGCGGCUCCAGUCUGGCUUGGAGGGGAUGCCACUGUUAAUGAUGAGAUUGAGGAUGAUGGCGGACACCAUUAA